AUGGAGCAAACCUUCGACCUCCCCGACUCCACCGACUGGCUCGACACGCCGUUGAUGCUCGUCGCGCCGCUGGAAUCCUCGCUCCGGUGCCAGGUCUGCAAAGACUUUUUCGAUAAUCCUGUGGUGACUUCCUGCAGCCAUACCUUUUGCUCGCUGUGUAUUCGUCGUUGUCUCAGUACGGAAGGGAAAUGUCCGACCUGCCGGAGCUCAGACCAGGAAGUGAGGUUGCGUCGCAAUUGGGCCGUUCAGGAGCUUGUCGAGGCGUUCCAGAAUGCUCGUCCGGGUAUGUUGCAGCUGGCAAGGAAGGGUGUUAAGGAGACCGUGUAUAGUAAGGACUGCGAAGAGGAUAUCACGGAGGUCCCCGUCUCGAAAAAGCGCAAAAUCGAGCAGCCGGAUGGGAGUGGUACUCCUGUUGGGGAGGGGGUGCUUACUCGGUCGCAGAGCCGAGGAGUGCGUCAGGUACAGACCACCACAAUUGAGGUUAUCGAUGAUAUACAAGAUGAUGAAUACAUUCCUGACGAUGGCUUAGUCGCGUGCCCUGUUUGUCAACGACGGAUGAAGAAUGAGGCUGUGUUCCGACACCUCGAUAUAUGCACUGGGGCCCCCAUUCUAUCGAAGCCAGCAUCUUUUGGUUCCCUGCAGUCGAUACCAGCAGCGCCGCGGAAACCAUUUCAGGAUCAGAAUGAGAAACCGCCGGAAAGACUCCCCGUGAUUAAUUAUUCUCUAUUGAAAGACAGCGUUCUUCGAAAAAAGCUCAAAGACCUGGGUAUACCUAACUGGGGCCCGCGACCCCUCCUACAAAAGCGACACACUGAAUGGAUGAAUCUAUGGAAUGCCAACUGUGACUCCAAAGCGCCAAAACCGAAAAGAGAUCUCCUGCGUGAACUAGACGUCUGGGAGAGGGCGCAGGGUGGCCACUCCACGACGUCCAGUGAUACCUCGAACACUGUCAUGCGCAAGGAUUUUGAUGUAGCCGGGUGGUCGUCCAACUACGACAACGACUUCAAACAAUUGAUUGCGAAUGCGCGGAAGAGGAGCGAUGCGCUCAUUCGUACCACCAUACCAAAGGCACCCCCGGCGCCAUUAGACGAGUCGCUCAGUGGCCCACAAAGCGCACCGGUUCUUGACCAGAGUGCACAGACUCCCAUCCCAAUUCAAGAUGUGCCAGAAGAGGAAGGUGUUGCGCUGACAGUGACUGCAGUAAAUGUAACGGCCAGCGAGAUACAAAUGCCUCCUGACAUUAGCAAUAGCUAG